UAUCUAAAAUGGCUGCGUCCUCGUGAAGAGCAGCACAUGAGUGGUUUUGGGUAAACUCGCACUGUAAAAACGCAAUUCUUCAGACUGUAGUUUGCCUGUUAUUCACCCGCAAGCACCUUUGUAUUGUUAUUGACUCCUCCGUAUAGGGAAAAUGAAGACAAAAAAGGUACAGCCCAAGAGGAAGGUGCUCAGAAAUGGGGUGAAGCCCAAAAAGCGGGGUAUCGUUGUGAAGGGAAGUUGGAAGGCAGUAGAGCUGGACCACAGUCUCUUCUCCGAGCAGGACAUGGGAGGGCUGGUGUGUUUCGAGGAGCUGACGGACUACCGCCUGGUUGAUUCUGCCAAGGUCGCAGCAAAGGUGGAAAAUAAAACAGAGAAGAAAGCCAAGAAAAGGAAAGCAACCAAAGAAGCAGUAGUACAUGGAGAUGUAGAGCAGGCAGGUGAAGGGGGAAGUGAGAACAAAGAGGAGUCCAUACAGCCUUCCAAAAAGAAGAAAAAGAAAAAAAAGAAAAAGGCUAAAAAGGAAAGCCAGCAGAGUGGUAUUUCCACUUCUGAAGUGAAAGCUGUAGAGGUGGAAGUGGAAGAGACAGUCAAGGAAAGUAUAGGACCAGAAAAGGUUGUGGGUCCAGAGGAAGAUUCUCAAAUGCAUCAAGCAAAAGCACCGAAAACAAAGAAGAAGAAAGUCAAGAAAGAGAAGGAACCAGAUGCAGAAACAGACAAACCAUCUGCCAACACUGAACCACCUGAAAAAGCUAUAAAACCACCCAAAAAGAGGACAAAAAAUUGGACUAAUGCUGCCCUUUCGGGGCAACUGGGUUCAGAUACAGAUGUAUCUGCGUGGAAGGAUCUCUUUGUCCCAGAGCCAGUCCUGCAGGCACUUGGCACUCUUGGAUUCAGCUCCCCUACACCUAUUCAAGCGCUUGCCUUACCGCCAGCCAUUAGAGAUCGCAUGGAUAUACUUGGAGCUGCUGAAACAGGAAGUGGUAAGACACUGUCAUUUGGAAUACCCAUGAUUCAUUCCAUCCUAGAGUGGAGAAGAGCUCAGGAGAGGCAGGAUGAGCAAGUGCCAGCUAGCCUGGCCGUCCCAGAGACGGACUUGAAGAGUCUCUAUCUACCUGAUGUGGACCAGCCCAAUGAGGCCACUGAGACUAAUACUGGGGAUUCUGAGCCGGAGGAGGAAGUCCAAGCAGACGAGGAUGAAGCUGAAGAUGAGAAAAAAGAAGAGCAAGAUGAAUUGCAAGAAGCAGAAGAAGAUAUGGAGGAUGAUGAGAAAAAAGAAGAGCAAGAUGAAUUGCAAGAAGCAGAAGAAGAUAUGGAGGAAGAUGAUGAUGACGUUGACUCUCAAAAGCUACAAUGUGUUAAAGUCAUUGAGGAUGCAGAGUUUGACUUUGAGUUUCCUGGUGCGGCAAAAGUGCCACCCAAUCAAAAGCAGCCGUUGCUGGGGCUUAUCCUCACCCCCACCAGGGAGCUGGCCGUCCAGGUGAAGCACCACAUUGAUGCCGUGGCGCAGUUUACAGGUAUCAAGACUGCAAUAAUUGUUGGUGGAAUGGCCCCACAGAAGCAGAACAGGUUACUAAGUCGAAGGCCCGAGAUUGUCAUUGCAACACCAGGCCGCCUCUGGGAGCUGAUCAAGGAGAGGCAUCCUCACCUCCUGAACCUCAGGCAGCUCAGGUGCCUGGUGAUCGAUGAAGCAGACCGCAUGGUGGAGAAGGGCCACUUCGCGGAGCUGGAGAACCUGCUGGAGAUGCUGAACAAUGCUCAGUACAGCCCCCAGCGGCAGACCUUCGUCUUCUCGGCCACCCUGACCAUGGUGCACAAGGCGCCGGUCCGCAUCCUGCAGAAGAAGACCAAGAAGCUGGACCAGCGGAGCAAGCUGGAGAUCCUCAUGGAGAAGGUGGGCAUCAAGGCCAAGCCCAAGGUCAUCGACCUGACCAGGAAGGAGGCCACGGUGGAGACGCUGACAGAGACGCGCAUCCACUGCGACAAGGACGACAAGGACUUCUACCUGUACUACUUCCUGCUCCAGUACCCAGGACGCACCAUGGUGUUCGCCAACAGCAUCGACUGCAUCAAGCGUCUCAACUCCCUGCUCACCAUCCUGGACCGCACCCCGUUGCCUCUGCACGCCAACAUGCACCAGAAGCAGCGGCUCAAGAACCUGGAGAGGUUUGCCGAGAGGGAGAGCUGUGUCCUCCUAACGACGGACGUGGCAGCACGAGGCCUGGACAUUCCCAACGUCCAGCACGUCAUUCAUUACCAGGUGCCGCGAACGUCAGAGACGUACGUCCAUCGGAGCGGCCGCACGGCACGCGCAACCAAGGAGGGUCUCAGUCUGCUGUUGAUUGGGCCAGACGACGUGGUGAACUUCAAGAAAAUCUACCGAACGCUUGGAAAGGAUGAAGAGCUGCCCAUGUUUCCCGUGCAGACUAAGUGCAUGGCAGCUAUUAAGGAGCGUGUCAAGAUGGCCAGGAAGAUAGAGAAGAUUGAGUACCACAACAGCCGGGAGAAACAUCACAAUUCCUGGUUCAAGCAAGCAGCAGAAGCGAUAGAGAUGGAUCUGGAUGAUGACCUUCUCUUGGGAGGCAGGAAAACCGAAGAGGACGACAUGCAGCAGCAGAAAAUGGUGAAGGGCAUGAAGAGACACCUGAAGCACCUGCUGUCCCAGCCUGUCUUUAAGAGCGCGAUGAAGACAAAGUACCCCACGCAAAUGGGAAAGCUGUCCCUGCCCGAGCUGCCUCUGGCCUCCGUCAGGACCGCCCUCGACAGUGUCAUCAGUCAGAAGCAGAAGCCCAAAAAGAACCCGCAGCAGCACGCUGUUUAACACCGAUGUGCUCUGAACUGUUUAUUUUCACUUGAGGUAACAACAGCGCAAAUGGAAAGGAAUUAAUUGAGGUUUAAUAUACACUUGUAUAUAAUUACAUCUCAGUUUAAAAAAAAAUACAUUUGAAAUGUUUAUCAAAUAUGACAUGGAAAAAUGAAUUCACAGUGUGCAUUUUACAUGUGGCACGGAAGCAAUACACAUUAAAAAUAUAUUUUAAAAAAGACAGAAAAUGCUAUAAGCCCCUGAAUACUCUUCUUCCUAUGCCACCCAUGAACUUUACAUUUUAAUUCUGUGGCGUUUGGCCAGUGUGUUAUUGUUCACUCAGUAAGGCACAGUUUUACUUUUGUUUAAAUGUAACCCAAC